AGCACUGCCAGCUGGCUCUGAGGUGGGACCUCAGCGAGAGAGCCAAGAGGCUGCAGUGCCUUCAGCUGCAGUAGAAGCCGCCCAGAGGAGGAAGAAAGAACCAGCUGCGAGGGCCCUUUAAAUGGCCAGGCCCCACCCCUGAGUGCCUGCCCUGCCGGGAAGUGAUCCCUAGGGCUGGGCCUGGGAGUUUCCCCCUCUGAGGGGUCUGGGGCAGGCAGCACUCCUUCUGGUUAUACUUCGUGCAGGUCCCAAAGCCCCCAAACAAUUGGUGGGACCUUGUGCCCCUUAAGGCUCGCCUAGUCCCCUCCUGCCUUCUAAGGCCUUGCUUCUGCCGGGGCAGGUAAGACAUCUCUGAACCGGAGGAGGAAGAAGGUGGGUAGAGGCUUGGCCGUGGGAGGUUUUGCUUUCCUUGCUGGAUUUUUUUUUUUUUUGUCUUUUGAAGUAAACGUAGAUCAACUUGUUAUCUUGCCAACACUCCUCCACCCCCCAAAUCGAAGGCCUCUUGACUUCAGGCUCCCAUAUCAGAAGUUAGGGCAGAGGCAAGUCGGGUCCAUUCGCACUCUCUCCUGGGUCCCUGGGUCCCUGCUGUAGGCCCCUGCCUCUUCCUCCUAAGGACUUCGGCUCUGGCCUGUCCUCUCUGAGCUUUUAGAAUGUGAUUCCCGCCCCCCACACACUGAGAUCCUUCAUCUGUGCCAAAUGUUGAGGAUUUCCCACAGCCUCACUUAAGGCUAUGCUGACCGUGAUCCUAGCAGGCCAUUUGGGAGGUGGUUAGCAAAGCGAUCUCAAGGAGUCACCAUGGCAACCGAAGAGUCCAUCAUCCGCAUCCCCCCAUACCACUACAUCCACGUGCUGGACCAGAACAGCAACGUGUCCCGCGUGGAGGUCGGGCCAAAGACUUACAUCCGGCAGGACAAUGAGAGGGUCCUGUUUGCCCCCAUGCGCAUGGUGACUGUCCCCCCACGCCACUACUGUACAGUGGCCAACCCGGUGUCCCGGGAUCCCCAGGGCUUGGUGCUGUUCGACGUCACAGGGCAAGUACGGCUCCGCCACGCUGACCUAGAGAUCCGGCUGGCCCAGGACCCCUUCCCCCUGUACCCAGGGGAGGUGCUGGAAAAGGACAUCACUCCACUGCAGGUGGUUAUGCCCAACACUGCCCUCCAUCUUAAGGCGUUGCUGGAUUUUGAGGAUAAGAAUGGAGAGAAGGUGGUGGCAGGAGAUGAGUGGCUAUUUGAAGGACCUGGCACAUAUAUCCCCCAGAAGGAGGUGGAGGUCCUGGAGAUUAUCCAGGCCACGGUCAUCAGGCAGAACCAGGCCCUGCGGCUGAGGGCCCGCAAGGAGUGCUGGGACCGGGACGGCAAGGAGAGGGUGACAGGGGAAGAAUGGCUGGUGCGUUCCGUGGGGGCAUAUCUCCCGGGAGUGUUUGAGGAGGUUCUGGAUUUGGUGGACGCCGUGAUCCUCACAGAAAAGACGGCCCUGCACCUCCGGGCUCGGCAGAACUUCCGAGACUUGAGAGGAGUGACCCGUCGCACGGGGGAGGAGUGGCUGGUGACCGUGCAGGACACGGAGGCCCAUGUGCCAGACGUCUACGAGGAGGUGCUGGGGGUCGUGCCCAUCACCACCUUGGGCCCCCGCAACUACUGUGUGAUUCUCGACCCAGUGGGACCGGAUGGCAAGAACCAGCUGGGGCAGAAGCGUGUGGUCAAGGGCGAGAAGUCUUUUUUCCUCCAGCCUGGAGAGAGGCUGGAGCGAGGCAUCCAGGAUAUAUAUGUGCUGUCAGAGCAGCAGGGGCUGCUGCUGAGGGCCCUGCAACCCCUGGAGGAGGGAGAAGAGGAGGAGAAGGUCUCCCACCAGGCUGGGGACAACUGGCUCAUCCGCGGGCCCCUGGAGUACGUGCCCUCUGCCAAGGUAGAGGUGGUGGAAGAACGUCAGGCCAUCCCUCUGGACGAGAAUGAGGGCAUCUACGUGCAGGAUGUCAAGACUGGAAGGGUACGAGCUGUGAUUGGAAGCACCUACAUGCUGACCCAGGACGAAGUCCUGUGGGAGAAAGAGCUACCUCCUGGGGUGGAGGAUCUGCUGAACAAGGGGCAGGACCCGCUGGCAGACAGGGGUGUGAAGGAGAUGCCCAAGACCCCCCAGCCCUCCCCUCUCCGGAACAAGACCCGCGUGGUCAGCUACCGGGUCCCUCACAACGCUGCCGUGCAGGUGUAUGACUACAGAGAGAAGAGAGCUCGUGUGGUCUUUGGGCCCGAGCUGGUGUCGCUGGGUCCCGAGGAGCAGUUCACCGUGUUGUCCCUCUCGGCCGGGAGGCCCAAGCGUCCCCACGCCCGCCGCGCUCUCUGCCUGCUGCUUGGGCCUGACUUCUUCACAGAUGUCAUCACCAUCGAAACAGCAGACCAUGCCAGGCUGCAGCUGCAGCUCGCCUACAACUGGCACUUUGAGCUGAGGGACCGGAAGGACCCACAGGAGACAGCCAAGCUCUUCUCAGUGCCUGACUUCGUGGGUGACGCCUGCAAGGCCAUCGCGUCCCGGGUGCGGGGGGCCGUGGCCUCCGUCACCUUCGAUGACUUCCAUAAGAAUUCUGCCCGCAUUAUUCGUACUGCUGUCUUUGGCUUUGAGACCCCAGAAACCAAGGGGCUCGACGGCAGGGCUCUGCUCCAGCCCCGGGACCGGGCCGUCUUCCCCCAAAACGGGUUGGUGGUCAGCAGCGUGGACGUGCAGUCGGUGGAGCCCGUGGACCAGAGGACCCGGGACGCCUUACAGCGCAGCGUCCAACUGGCCAUUGAGAUCACCACCAACUCCCAGGAGGCAGCUGCCAAGCACGAGGCUCAGAGACUUGAGCAAGAAGCCCGCGGCCGGCUUGAGAGGCAGAAGAUCUUGGACCAAUCCGAAGCUGAAAAGGCUCGCCGCGAACUCUUGGAGCUGGAGGCUCUGAGCACUGCCGUGGAGAGCACGGGGACCGCCAAGGCGGAGGCCGAGUCCCGCGCUGAGGCCCUGCGCAUCGAGGGAGAAGGCUCCGUGCUACAGGCCAAGUUGAAAGCCGAGGCCUUGGCCAUUGAGACGGAGGCUGAGCUCCAACGGGUACGGAAAGUGCGAGAACUAGAAUUGGUCUAUGCCCGGGCCCAGCUGGAGCUGGAGGUGAGCAAGGCCCAGCAGCUGGCGGAGGUGGAGGUGAAGAAGUUCAAGCAGAUGACGGAGGCCCUGGGCCCCAGCACCAUCAGGGACCUUGCUGUGGCUGGGCCAGAGAUGCAGGUGAAACUGCUCCAGAGCCUGGGCCUGAAAUCAACGCUCAUCACCGAUGGUUCCACCCCCAUCAACCUCUUCAACACAGCCUUGGGUCUCCUGGGGCUGGGGUCGGAGGCCCAGCCCCCAACCAAAAAGGCAGCCGGCAUGCCCAGCCCCCAAGAGGGCUUGCUUCUCCGGUCCCCUCCUGCCCCUCAGUCUCUUGGAGACAACCAUGUUGUCCCUUAGCGCUGUGCUGCAACCGACAAAUUAAACAUUUCUGGGCAUUCUAA